AACGAGUCCAUAUCUUCAACAAACGUUAUGUUUAUUGCAUUAAGUGUUGUGUAUGGUCGGUAGAAUGUUAUUUUUUGACACAGUUAUAGUGUAAUGUGUUGUUUCGCCCCCUCCUGGUCGAGAGGCAGUGAGUUUUCGUGGUGAUGUGCUGCAGUAAAAAAGUAUGGUGGGCUGUGAGUGAACAGUCAUUUGUUUAUAAACAUAUUUUGUUCUUUACAACGAUUUUAAUGUGCCGUUAAAAACAUUUUAGUGUUGUGUAAACGAUAAGACUGCAAUUUCAAGACUGGAUAAUCCUAAAACAUUUUUACAGGUGGUGGAAACAUGGACAGCGGCGACUACGAGACGGAGGAGGAUUCGGCGCCAGAGACGUGCGUUUCGCCGGGCGGCGGACUCAUGUUGCCAAGUAAUAGUCGAGAAAUGAGGAACAAGGCAGAGAAGCAGAGGAGGGACAGACUUAACGCAUUUAUAGGCGAAUUGGCAACGCUGGUGCCCAUGGUAGCUCGAAGUGCAAAAAGAAUGGAUAAGACUAGCAUCCUUAGACUGACAGCCACGCACUUGAGAAUAUAUCAAACACUGGUAAAUGGUAAAGGAAUACCGCAUAUGCAGUUACCGAAACACGUUGAUCAGUAUGUUCUGGAACAGUUGGUUUGCGAGCAAUUAGGGGGAUUUCUGUUAAUACUUACGCCAACCGGAAAAGUAGUUUUUAUUUCACACACUAUAGAAAAUUUAUUAGGACAUUUACAGACGGAUCUCAUGGGUCAAUCUCUUUUCAACAUAACAGCGCCUGAUGAUCACGAGAGGCUACGUAUGUAUCUUCAGUGUGAGGGCGUCGUCGAGCAGGAAUGGAGGAAAUACUUUAAUAUUAGGCUGAAGAGGGCGGGUCCUCGUUCAGAGUCAGCCGUGUACGAACCAGUGAGAAUGAUGGGGAUGCACAGACGGUUGUCUGGCGAUAACAACCAGAAUUCGCAGUCGUCGAGUAGUUCCACAUCGAAUGCAUCAAAUACUUUUAAUUCUGAGGUAUUGGUAUUUUUCGUCAAAAUAUGCCGUCCUGAGCCCUUGGUAACUAGGCUGAUAGAAGCAUCAAAGGACGAGUACGUAACGAGGCACCUUAUCGACGGACGCAUUAUUAACUGCGACCAACGGAUAUCCAUAAUCGCUGGAUACAUGAUAGAGGAGGUCUCCGGACAUUCCGCUUUUAAAUACAUGCAUCGAGACGACGUUCGCUGGGUGAUGAUAGCUUUAAGACAGAUGUACGACAGGGGGGAGAGUAGAGGAACGUCUUGUUACCGUCUGCAGUCGAGAAAUGGACAAUUCAUAUACUUGAGGACGUUCGGUUUCUUGGAGAUAGACGAUCAAGGGACCGUCGAGAGUUUCGUCUGCGUAAACACGCUGGUAGAAGACAAGGAGGGUCUGCACCUAAUCGACGAGAUGAAGAAGAGGUACUCGGCGCUGAUCAGUGCCACUUUACCUUUCGGAAACCAAGGAGCGUCGAGCCUGACGCCGCCCAGAAGCAACGACUCCAUAGACCUGGUGGAGGACCCCCAGCAGGUGGAACAGGCGGUGGCGCACCUGAUGUGCAACCUGCCCUCGCCAGGCUCCGACCAUCGCUCAACCCCAAGCCCGUUGGUCCAUUACGAGAAUCAAGACUGCACAAGUUUAACAAACAUCGUGACUGAACACUCAAACAAACCAUACCAAGUUAGAAUUAAGACUGUAGCAAAACGACCGCCCAGUACUGAUAUUCAAGUCGAUGCCAAUUUAAAUAACAAGCGGCAAAAAACUACGCCCCAAGUGUCCCCCGUACACAGAACAAUAUCGCCUUACCCCAAGAGGCCUCCCGUCCUUACGGACGGCAAAGUAAAAGUCACAACCCGAUCAGUCAAUAUACCCGCCAGACCAACUGCUCAGUCACAACGUAUGAAAAACGAAAAGAAGUGUGUAAUAUUCAAAGACUGACUGACUGACUUAGGCCAUACUUAAGGAAUGUAGCGUUUCCCACACAGAGACUUGAAUUACAAUUUGAGGGAAGAGGUGUGGAAGGUGUUGAUUCAGUGUUAUAUUUAAAGAAAAUAUAUAUACAAAAACCUGAUUAAUUUAAGGCAAAAAUUUGUUUUAUUUUACGAUUACAUUAGAUUUAAAACUUGUACAGAUUUUUUAAUAUUCUCGUAAUAUAUACAUUACUUAUACUAAUUAUAGUGAUUCUGUGAUGAAAAUGAUGUUUUGUGUUAUGUUUAAAAUAUGUCUGUUUUGUAUGGAAUAUUAUUCAGUGGGCGAAAACUGGUUGCAAUAUUUUUAUUUUCACAUACGGACCUGUAAGGAACGCCGACGAUAAUUUCUCUUUCAGCGACUCCGUCUCGGCGGCGAAAUGUGAUAAAGUUUUUAUAGUGAUAAGGGACGAGAAGGAAGCACUCACCGUUCAGCGCUAGCGUGGUUUGUGUCAUUAAAUACCUCCGACUGUGACAGUCUCUCAUCCGUACCCAUGUAACGUUUUUCUGUACGUCAAACUUUGUACUCCGGUAGUCAUUUUGAUACGAUUUUUGUAAUUCUGUGGACUCGAAUGGAAGUCGUAAGAGAUAUUCGUCAAUUAGUGAACUCUAACGAUAACGAAUGGUCGCGAUCUCCGCACUUUCAUUUAAAGUCCAGUAAAGUGGUGCAAAGUAUGUUUUUUCUAGACAAGAGUAUGUUGAAUCCAGCUAGUUCUCUAGAAAGUAAAAUUCUACUUGAUCUCCGUCCAUAGGUAGUCACUUUUUCAAAACGUUCGCAUCGUUUUGGCGCGGUUAAAUUUUUUAUUUUGAAAUUAGGAUUUUCUUGUAAGUAUUCUAAUAUUUUUGUAUUUACUCGAUAAAUAUUUUGUGAUCUAUUUCUAGGACAAGAUUUAAGGAAAACUUCAAACACAAAUUAUACAGGGUGUAACCUUGAUGGGGGUCAUAUUUAACGGCGGCUACUUUUGACCGUUAACAAAAUUCCGUGGUGAAAAAUAAUUUUUGUUCACUUUUUUCAUAUCGCAAAAAAUUUAACACUGAGGACACACAAACACGUCGUACUUCACGUAAAAUGUCGCGAAAACUAAAAUAAUUGUAAUAAAAUGAAGCAGUGACAUAUCCGGCCAUUAACGUUUGUCGUUUGUUUUUACCCACUUAGCGCCAUAUUGUCGUAUCACAUCAGGUGUAUUGAUAAUAAAUACCUAGACUAUAAAUUAAACGCAAAAAAAUAGUAAUAAACGGUUCGUAAAAUGUAUUAAUACUUGAUUUAUUCAAUUGAAAGAGAUUAUUUCAGAUCCUCAUUAAGUUAAAUUCUGUAUAUAGCAAAAAGGCGUACCUAAAAUGAAAAAAAUUGGUCGCAAGUCUGAAAUUUAUAAUGAUAAGACGAAAAUAAGAUGUCGGAGUUCAAUUAUGCCUUUUCUUCAACUUUAUAUCGUAUUUUUUUUCUCUCGCUACCUCUUAAAAUGAAAAUAAAUAUUCUAAAAACGGUAGACAAUAUUAAAGUGAACAAUUUGAGUACCAAAUUUUAUUUUAUUAAAAUCAUAUCAAAUUUUAAAAUUCAGGGUUAUGACACUGUCGUACAUUUAAUUAAUUAA